AUGGCUAUGAACAUUCCAAAAUCGGGCUACAACCGCUUCAUGAAGGAGGGGGCUCAGCAUUUCAAAGGUACGGACGAGGCAGUGCUAAGAAACAUUGAUGCCUGUGUGGAGUUAGCGUCUCAAUUAAGGUCGGCUUAUGGACCUAAUGGAAUGAACAAAAUGGUUAUUAAUCACAUCGAAAAGUUAUUCGUGACAAACGAUGCUGCUACAAUCCUGAAAGAGCUCGAUAUCCAACAUCCGGCGGCUAAGAUUAUAAUAAUGGCGAGUCAAAUGCAGGAGAAGCAAGUAGGAGACAACACAAACACUGUGGUGAUUUUGGCCGCUGCUCUUCUCGAACAUGGUGCUCAGCUCAUCAGCAUGGGUCUCACGCCACAAGAAGUUGCUGCUGGAUACGAACAGGCAGCCGAAAAAGCCCUCGAAAUUCUUCCAAAUCUUGUCAUCAAAGAAGCAACAGAUUUGAGAGAUAUUCCAACGUCAGAGAAAAAGAGAAUGGAAUUAUCAGCCCCAUAUUUACAGGUGAAGAAACUUCUUCGCUCAGCAAUAACCUCAAAGCAGUACGAUAAUGAAGAAGCUAUCGCUGAUUUAGUGUCGAAGGCUUGUGUCCUCACUGUGCCAAAAAACAGCUUCAACUUCAAUGUUGACAACAUAAGGAUAUGCAAAAUUUUGGGAUCUGGUGUUAGCACUUCAAUGGUUAUGAACGGGAUGGUUUUCAAGCGCGGAGCCGAGGGUGAAGUCAAGAGCGUAAAAAAUGCCCGUAUCGCCGUUUUCACAUGUCCGUUUGACCUAACACAGACAGAAACCAAGGGUACGGUUCUCAUAGAGAAUGCAGAAGAACUCAUGGGUUUUGCAAAGGGUGAAGAAAGCGAAGUUGAAAGUCAAGUGAAGGCCCUUGCUGAUAACGGAGUUCAGGUUGUUGUAGCUGCUGGAAAGUUCGGUGAUCUGUAUCUGCACUUCCUCAACAAAUACAAAAUAAUGGGAGUCAGGCUGACGUCGAAGUUUGAUCUACGGCGUCUAUGUCGAACUGUGGGUGCGCAAGCGCAAGCACGAAUCUGCGCUCCAGCUGUUAAUUUGCUUGGAACCUGUGACUCAGUUCACAUAAAAGAAAUCGGUGAUGAAAAUGUAGUGGUAUUUGACAACAAGGGAGAAAAAGGACAUGUGGCUACAAUCAUAAUUCGCGGCUCAAGCCAGUCUCGGAUAGACGAUGUUGAGCGAGCAGUAGAUGAUGCUGUCAACACAUACAAAUGCCUUACUAAGGAUGCCAGACUCCUUCCUGGUGCUGGCGCAGUGGAGAUAGAAUUAGCCCGUCAAAUAGAAUCAUUUGGUGAGAAGUGCUCGGGACUUGAGCAGUACGCUAUCAAGAAAUUUGCGUAUGCUCUCGAAACACUGCCGAAAUGUCUGGCAGAGAAUGCAGGCAUUGAUGCUACCGACAUUCUCACUAAACUUAAUGCCGCCCAUGAGUCUGGACAACCAAAUGUCGGGAUUGACAUCUGGAAACAUGAAGUCAUGGACGCCGGAGAGAACACAAUCUACGACUUAUUCGCUGGCAAGAAAUCUGCCAUAAAGCUUGCCACUGACGCUGCUGCCACGAUUCUCAAAGUUGAUCAGAUAAUAAUUGCAAAACAAGCUACGGGUGGACCCAAACCUCGCGGACCGAAACCACAGGACGAGGACGAAGAAGGAAUGGCCUAA